AUGGCCAAAACAUCAAAAGCAUUCAAGAAGUUCGCUUCGUCCGGUAAAUUAAAAGAUCAAAUUGCCAACCGACGAUCAAAGCAACAAUCCAAGAGGAAGCAAGAUGACAGGAAAGCUCAGAGGCAGAAACAGCGUGGAAAUGCCAAUGAAUCCGACUUGGAAGGCGAAGGAGAGGAUGAUGAAGAUGAUGAAAGGGAAGCUAGGAAAGUUGGAGAUGCAGGUGUAGGAGGUAAAGCUGGAGGAGUAGCCAAGACGGUAGAUGAGUUGUUCGGUAAAGGUGGAUUAGACAUCGAAGCAGGGGAUGAAUCCGAAUUAGAAGAAUUAAACGCGGAAGAUGAAGAUGAAGAUGAAGACUCGGAAGGAGAAGACGGCGAGGAGGAUUUGUUGGAUGAACAAGCGAUGAAAAAAGCUAUGAAGGAUUUACAAAAGAAUGAUCCCGAGUUCUUCAAGUAUUUGAAGGAAAAUGAUGAAGAGUUGUUGGACUUCGGUAAAUCAAAGGGUAAAGCUAAGCAGGAUGAUGAAGAUGAGGAGAUGGAAAGUGAUGAUGAAGAUGUUGAGGAUGAGGAUAUGGAAGAAGAAGAGGAGGAGAGGAAGAAAAUCAGUGUGAAUGGAAAGAUGUUGAGAGGUUGGCAAGAAGGUAUGCUGAAGCAACACUCGAUUCGAUCCUUACGAAAGACAUUGUUGGCCUUCCGUGCGGCAGCUCAUAUGAACGAAGACGAUGGCGACCAAGGUAGCGGUCUGGAUACCAAGUAUUCGAUCGAUAGUGCUCAAGUCUUCAACAAACUUGUCGUGACUGCUCUCAAAUACACACCUGUGGUUGUUGCUCAUCAUUUCCCCUACAAGACUUUGGCGAAUGGUCGGAUUAAGCUUCAACAACCCAAAACACCUAAUCAAUCUCUCAACCGACUUAUCCUAUCCCACUUCUCAACCCUCUUACACCUUAUCAAAUCCCUUCCCACCACUCCUUCAUCGCUGUCUUCUGGAUCUACCGAUGAAGAUGCAGGCUCCUUGCUGCUCGUAGCUAUAAAUGAGUCUACAAAACUGUUACCUUGGAUCAUGGGCGCCAGAAAACAUCUGAGAGCUUACUUGAAGGUUUUGUUAGAACUUUGGGGUUCAGCCAGCGAUCAAGUCAGAAUCGCAGCUUUCUUGGCUGUCAGGAAAUUGUUCGUGAUUGGUGAUGAUGCUGUAAAAGAUUUGUGUUUGAGGAACAUCUAUCGAUCCCUCUUACCUCCUCUCCGAAACACCACUCCUCACACCCUACCAUCCCUCAACCUGAUGAAAAAUACUGCAUCAGAGUUAUACCAACUAUCACCCUCGUUAUCAUACCAGCAUGCAUUCGGCUUCAUCCGUAUGCUCGCCGUCCACUUGCGGAACGUCAUUCGAUCAAGUACGUCAGGUGGGUCAGGUGGGAACCAAGAAGCGUUCAAGAACGUAUACAAUUGGCAAUUCGUGCAUUGUAUCGAUUUCUGGAGUCAGGUUUUGGCUGGUUCAGCAAGUAUACAGACUCAAAAGGAUAAUAGCGGAUUAGAAAGUCCUUUGAAACCUUUGAUCUUCCCUCUCACUCAGAUCAGUCUGGGUGUUAUCCGACUUCUUCCAUCGUCACGUUACUUCCCUUUACGAUUCCACAUUCUCCAAUCCCUCAUGCGAAUCAUCCAAAAGACAGGGGUCUACAUACCCCUGGCCCCCUUCUUAUUGGAAAUCCUCGAUUCGUCCGAAUUCAAGAGAAGUAAUCCAAAGAAAGUAACUCUCAAACCAUUAGAUUUUGAAUACAUCAUCAGAGCUCCCGCCGCUUAUCCCAAAACUAGAAUAUUCCAAGAAGGUUUAGGAGAAGAAUUAGUCUUCUUAUUAGGAGAAUAUCAUUCGUUGAUUUCACUUAAUAUUGCUUUCCCCGAAAUUGUCCUACCUGUUUUAAUCACCCUCAAGCGACAUAUCAAGAAAUCUCAAGCUGGUUCACCCAAAGUUGUAUCUCAACUUAAGACUUUGAUCGAUAAGCUUGAAUCUACCAAGACGUGGAUCGAACAGAAAAGACGAAAUGUAUCGUUCGCACCUAGAGAUCGAGCUGAGAUAGAUAGGUUCCUUGAGAAUGAAGUCGUUGAGAGUUCGCCGAUAGGUAAUUGGAUAAGACUCCAGAAGAAGAUAAGGGAAAAGAGGAGAGCGGAGAUUGAGAAAUCUUUUAGGGAGAGACAAGGUGCAGGAGACGAUGAUGAUAGCGAGUAA